AUGGAGCUGUGGCCGGGGGUCUGGACGGUGCUGCUGCUGCUCUUCCUGCUGCUGCUCUUCCUGCUGCCCACCCUGUGGUUCUGCAGCCCCAGUGCCAAGUACUUCUUCAAGAUGGCCUUCUACAACGGCUGGAUCCUUUUCCUGGCUGUGCUUGCCAUCCCUGUGUGUGCUGUGCGAGGACGAAACGUCGAGAACAUGAAGAUCUUGCGUCUGAUGCUGCUUCAUAUCAAAUACCUGUACGGGAUCCGGGUGGAGGUUCGAGGGGCCCAUCACUUCCCUCCCUCACAGCCCUACGUCGUCGUUUCCAAUCACCAGAGCUCUCUUGAUCUACUUGGGAUGAUGGAGGUCCUGCCAGGCCGUUGUGUGCCCAUUGCCAAGCGCGAGCUGUUAUGGGCUGGCUCUGCUGGGCUAGCCUGUUGGCUAGCGGGAGUCAUCUUCAUUGACCGGAAGCGCACAGGGGAUGCCAUCAAUGUCAUGUCGGAGGUGGCCCAGACCUUGCUUACCCAAGAUGUGCGUGUCUGGGUUUUUCCUGAGGGAACAAGAAACCAUAAUGGCUCUAUGCUGCCCUUCAAACGUGGCGCCUUCCACCUUGCAGUCCAGGCCCAGGUUCCCAUUGUCCCUAUAGUCAUGUCUUCCUAUCAAGACUUCUACUGCAAGAAGGAGCGCCGUUUCACCUCCGGGCGAUGUCAGGUACGGGUGCUGCCCCCAGUGCCCACAGAAGGGUUGACUCCAGAUGACGUCCCAGAACUGGCCGACAGAGUCCGGCACUCCAUGCUUACAGUUUUCCGGGAAAUCUCCACUGAUGGCCGGGGUGGUGGUAACUAUCUGAAGAAGCCUGGGGCGUGGCUGAAGCCCGGCUCCUUUUGCAGCCCUGCUGUGCCCAUCUGA